AUGUCAUCAGCUCUUAAAAAUCCAGUCGAGGAGCCCUGCGGACCAGCCUCCAAGUUAAGGGCUCAGCGAUUGCUUUCUGGUUUAUAUGAGGUUGAUGCAUUACUUUGUCAGAUACAGACAGAGCUUGAUUCGAUGACUGGUUUUUCUAGUCUUCUCUUAAUGGACCGGACCAGGCAUAUAUCUCGGCAAAGAGAGGGAACAGUGGAUGGCCUAAAAUACGAACACGGAGAGGAGGCGGAAGAUGAAGAGCAUGAGGAGGAUGAAGGGGAAAAAGGGUUUGAUGAAAAUGUGGCUUGGAAUAAGAGGGAUACACGCUAG